AUGGGACCCCCUCGGCAUGGGAAUGGAUAUGUACCAUUCGUCGACUUGAUUGCACUAGAAAAAGUGGACGAUAGCACCUUCCGCAGCACCGCUCUUGCUUUCUCUCCCAAUGGCUCUGGCAGAGCAUACGGUGGCCAUGUAUACGCACAAGCCGUCUGGGCAGCGGCGAAGACGGUCAAGGCUGGCUUUGUGAUACACAAUGUUACCGGCUUCUUUGUCCUAGCUGGAAAUUCUUCGAUUCCGUUUGUUUACAGGGUUCAAACCAUCCGGAAUGGUCGAUCGUAUUGCACUCGGGUAGUCAAUGUUACUCAAGCCGAGGGCGAUGGAAUAUGCUUUACCUGUACCUGUUCUUUCAAACUGGCCGAGGAAAGUCAUUUCGAUGUCCAAGAAAAGAUUGAUCUGGAUCGAGAGUAUGGAGUUGUACUUUCUGGCAAGAAGCCAGAAGACUGGGAAGAAGUGUCAGGCAUGGAUGUGCCCUGGUAUAACUCUCGUCGCAGACUCACAGGCCGUAACGAUGCAUUUCCUGGGCUUGAGAGUCGCAAGGUGGACAUGACACCGUACAAUGCUUCACUCUCAGCUUUUGACCGCCGGCAGCUUUUCUACUAUCGCGCGAUUGGCGACCUACCACCGGAUCCGAACAUCCAUGCCUGCGCGCAUCUGUACGCGUCGGACCGCAAUUCGCUCUUCAUCGUUGCCAGACACUUCGAGAUCAGCGACAAGUUUACACAUAUGGCAAGUUUGAGCCAUACAGUGGUUUUCCACACCCCUGCUUCACACAUAAUGCUGCAGAGUCAGUCUGAAAAACACUGGAUUUGUCAAGAAGUAUGGACGACACGAGCAGGCGGAGGACGAGCAAUGCAUCACAGCCGCAUUAUUGGCCCAGGAGGUGCACAUAUGGCUACCACUUUCCAGGAGGGCAUGAUAAGAGUAGGUCUGGGUGAGAAUCAGUAUGAGAAGGCGUACAAGAAGUCGUUAGAACGUCUCUGA